AUGGUCCUGUUCCAAAACGAACACCUCCUCGUUUGUAUCAAAAUAACUUUCCCUUCAAACAGGCGGUGCCACCUCAACCUCCUAGCGGGCCCCAAGAGGUCUCCCUGCUCCUGCUCCCACUUUGGUGCCAGCACCCAGGAGGGGAACUACAAGUCGUCGCAGGCGCGACGAGGACGGCGGGGCCGGCGGAGGGGCGGCCGGGGCGGGCGGCCCCGCGGCGGCCCCGGCUCCCGCCAACACGCGCCCGCGUCCCGGCAGCAGCGGCGGGGCCGGCGGGGCAAGCGGGGUGGGCGGCGGCUGCUGCAGCGGCCCAGCGAAGGCUCCCUCUUCUCCCCAGACGAGGCCGACCUCCCCUCCCCCGGCCGUAGCGGCGGCGGUUGCGGCGGCGGCUGCAGUGGCGGACCCUUUCCCGGGGCACGCCACGCUGUCUCCUACAUCAACGUGGGCGUCUUCCACGCGUUCGACGAAGCGGGCGUGGAGGUGCGCUGUGGGGGACAUCCCUCGGUGGAGCUGCCGGGCUAUUCGCCCUCGGACCCGGACCUCCAAGUCUCCUACCCUUAUUGCUGCCGGCCUCCCCAUGAGGACGUCUAUCCCCGGGACCCGGGCAGGGCCAGCUGA